UUAUAUCCACUCUUUAGAGUAUAUUCUUUUUUGUCCUAUGGAUUCUCAAGAACCCCCACCACUUCACCACCCACCCCACCUUCAAUCUCUACCAACCCACCACCAACCACCACCCCCACAUGCCCAUGGAUCAAUGGUGUCACCCCCCCCCUACCACCCCAACCCCAACAACAAGAACGACCCAACUUUCCUAAUAUCCAACAGCUGCAGCAACAACCCCAACAACAGAACUUACAAUUUCCAUUCAAUUCAGUUUCUGGGCCAAACCCAAAAUCAAAUCUUGAUUACUCUGAUGGAUCAUCAUCUGCUGCUAUAGGGUUAAGCAUUGAGCCUGCUAAGAAGAAAAGAGGCAGGCCCAGAAAGUACUCUACUGAUAAUAAUAAUAACAUUGCUUUGGGCCUUUCUCCUAAUCCAGUUACUCAAAUUCCUUCAGUGGUUAGUCAUCCAGAUUCUGUUGCUGCUGCUGGUAAUAAUGGAGAGAACCCUUCUAAGAAGUCCCGUGGGAGGCCUCCUGGCUCGGGAAAGAAACAAGUAGAAGCUUUUGGUGCAGUUGGAUUCGGCUUUACACCGCAUUUAAUCACUGUGAACAUUGGCGAGGACAUAUCGUCAAAGGUAAUGGCUUUCUCACAGCAAGGACCACGGGCAGUUUGUAUUCUAUCUGCAAAUGGAGCCGUAUCUAAUGUCACUCUUCGCCAACCUGCAAUGGGUGGUGGCACUGUGACCUAUGAGGGCCGAUUUGAAAUCAUCUCAUUAUCGGGUUCAUUCUUGCUAUCAGAAAGUAAUGGUAGCCGUAGCAGAACAGGUGGUCUAAGCGUGUCGCUGUCUGGGCCAGAUGGUAGAGUUUUGGGCGGUGGAGUUGCAGGGAUGCUUAUGGCUGCCACUCCAGUACAGGUGGUUGUGGGUAGCUUCAUUGCGGAAGGCAAAAAGCCCAAGUCUAAGGCACCAUCUCCGACUCCAACUUCCAAUAUGUUGAAUUUUGGUGCUCCGGUCACUGAGGCGAGCUCUCCUUCCCAGGGUGCCUCAAGCGACUCAUCCGAUGAGAACGGUGGAAGUCCUCUCAGCCACGAACAGGGACCUUUUGGUAAUGUUGCGCAACCAAUGCACGGUAUGCCAACGUACUGGGGCCAAACAAUGUGAAAAUGCUUCCUUAACUUGACACGACGUUCCCAAGGGUAUUUGUCUUCUUGAUCCGCGACUGAUCAUAGGCAGCAGAUUAUAGGCGUUAUAUCGAGUUCUUGACUUCAGCUUGAUUACUUCUCUCUUUUUUCUUAUUUUUUCUUACUUGGUUUUCACCCUUUAGUUUAUCAGUUGUAGGAUAGGUCAAAGGCAUGGCAAAAUUGCAGAAAGUCAAGUCAUGGUUUCUUCACCACCUUAGUCUUAGUAUAUUUUAGGUGACUUUGUGGUUUGAGUAUUUACUUAUUCUCAGUUUGCCAAACUAAUUUUAUUGGUAACUUUCUUUUCUAGGUAUUUGUUAGAUAUGGUAGUCAUAAACUGAGUUGAUUAGGUCUCAAUGCAAUUACUAUUUCUGCCAUAA